CGGUGAUUUCUCUCGGUGAGUGACUAUGUGAUGUCCGCUACGGAUUAUUUGUGUUUACGUAAAGGUAAAGAGAAGUUAUACUUCAUUGUCAACAGCACAAGAAAUAUAAAGGUAUUAACUACAAAGUUGGAGAGUAUAAAUUGUCUACGCGUGUGAUUUACCAAUUUGUUACGUCUUUUGUUUCUGCGUCGGAACGUCAUUCACUCCAGGAGCACCGCACUUCCCCAAGUCAGAUGGGAGACAAUCCAGGACAAUAUCAAGACUUAUUGUCAGCAGCUCUAGGUGCAAGUGGACUUGAUUUUGACAUUGAUGAUAUUGGUUUGGAAGACGAUGUAAGCACUCAACCUGAUAGUGUGUUGGCCGCGGCCAUUGCUGAAAGUGGUCUGGGCGAUUCCUUCAGUACUGAUAGUGGCAAUGAUGCAUUGUUGGCAGCUUUGAAGACGGAACCACCUACUAUACAGCAAGUACAACAUGGAGUUCAACCAAGAACUACCUUUAUAGUCCAGUCGAGGAAUCCCAAUGAUGUAAAAAUGCCCAUUCACACAACACCAGUUCGCCUGCCUACCAUGCCUGCUGCCACAAGGAUAAUUACUCAACGACCUCCAACUGGUAUGACUAUUAUGACUCGGCCACAAAACCAUCCAACGACUGCUAUGAAAGUAACCAUGCCUGUGCAAUCAAUGACCACUGCCAGAACAAACAGCCCGACUGUUGUCAAACUUCAACCAACAUCACAACCUGGGGUUGUUGCCAUGACAGCCAUCCCUGCAGUUACUACCAUGGCAACGAACAAUGGGGGGAUUAAACGAGAAUUGAGUCAUAAGGAUGUCUCAAGACUUUGGACAAAUGAGGACCUGAAGACGAGAAGUUUUUCUCCAACACCAACUCAGCAGCCUACUAGAAUUGUAGUACAAAGAGAACCAGAAGAGGAAGAUGUUGAUGAAGAUGAAGAUGACUUGGGUCACACUGAAACUUAUGCUAAUUACAGGCCUAGUAAAUUAAAAUUAGGCAUUGACCAUCCUGAUCCUGUUGUUGAGACAAGCUCGUUAUCAAGUAUUUUGCCGCCUAAUAUCUGGUAUAAUCUAUCUAUACCAGAACAUACGAUAGAUUACGGUCAUUUGUCAGCGCUACAGUUGGAAGCAAUUAUCUAUGCAUGUCAACAGCAUGAAACAUUCCUAACCAAUGGUGAUCGAGCAGGAUUCCUAGUUGGGGAUGGAGCUGGUGUGGGUAAAGGACGCACAGUGGCUGGCAUUAUUUAUGAGAAUUAUUUGCUUGGCCGAAAACGAGCUCUAUGGUUGAGUGUUUCAAAUGAUUUGAAAUAUGAUGCGGCAAGGGAUUUAAAAGACAUUGGUGCCGGAAAUAUUAGUGUACAUUCUCUGAACAAGGUAAGAUACUGUGAGGUUAAUAUUAGUAAGGGCGUCAUAUUUGCUACAUACUCGUCAUUGAUUGGGGAAAGUCAAUCUAAUAGCAACAAUAAAUACAGAACACGACUAAAACAACUUUUACAAUGGUGUGGAGAAGACUUCGAUGGAUGUAUUGUUCUUGAUGAAUGUCACAAAGCAAAAAACUUGUGCCCAUCGGGUUCAUCCAAACCAACUAAAACAGGUCUUACAGUGUUAGAACUACAAAGGAAACUACCCAAAGCCAGGGUAGUGUAUUGCAGUGCAACAGGAGCAACAGAACCACGUAAUAUGGCGUACAUGACUAGGCUGGGUAUUUGGGGUAAAGGAACUCCAUUCAAAGAAUUUACAGACUUUAUACCAGCUGUAGAAAGAAGAGGUGUUGGUGCCAUGGAGAUUGUUGCCAUGGAUAUGAAGCUGCGAGGAAUGUACAUGGCUCGGCAGCUGAGUUUUGCAGGAGUAACGUUCAAAAUAGACGAAAUACCAUUGAGUAAAGAGUUUGUCAAAAUGUAUGAUAAAGCUGUGCAAUUGUGGGUUCUUGCCAGGGAGAAAUUUCAGGAUGCUGCAAGCCUAAUAGAUGCUGAUCACCGCAUGAAGAAAACCAUGUGGGGUCAGUUUUGGUCAGCUCAUCAAAGAUUCUUUAAGUACUUGUGUAUAGCAUCUAAAGUGAAACAAGUUGUCAAAAUAGGAAGAGAAGCUGUCAAGGAUGGCAAGUGCGUUGUAAUAGGUUUACAAUCGACCGGAGAAGCUCGAACGUUAGACGUAUUAGAACAGGAAGGAGGAGAAUUGAGUGAUUUUGUAUCCACUGCCAAGGGUGUAUUUUCUGCCUUAAUAGAAAGGCACUUCCCUGCCCCUGAUAGACGUAAAACUGCUGAUAUAUUUGGUAUUGAUAUUGGACGUAGUGCAAGUAAUAGUCCUGAACCUAAGGGAAAUAAAAGAAAAGCCACUAAGGCCAAAGUCAAUAACACAAAAAGGAUGAAGAAACCAUUUACUCACGGGUUUUCCAGUGAUGACAACUGUGAUUCUGGUAAAGGUGCUAAUCAAUCAGAUGAUGAUAAUAGUGAUGACAGCGAUAGCUGGGAUGAAAACAUCACAGGAUUCACUUCUAAUGAAGAAGAUGAUUUCAAUCCAUUUAAAGAUUCGGGUGAUUCAGAUGAUGAUCCCUGGCUCAAGGAGAGAAAGCCGAAAUCUUCCAAACCGAAAACCAAAACUAAAAAGAGUACUACAAAAGUAGAACAAGACUAUCCUGAUGAUAUCUGUAGUAGCGUUUUACUUGCUGCGGGCUUAAAACCCAAACCAUGGAACAAAAGUAACACCUCGUUAUCAUCGAUGACUCGCACACCGAGCAGUAGCAGUCUUACAGGUCUGUCAUCCAGUAACAAUACGUCAGCAUUUCCAACGAUGGAUGCUAUUGAAAGAGCACAAUCAAUGAAAUUAGAAUUGUUAGAUACUUUAGAAGAAGUAUCGGAAGAUUUACCACCAAACACAUUAGAUGAAUUGAUAGAUUUACUUGGAGGGCCAGAAAAUGUAGCAGAGAUGACUGGCCGCAAAGGUCGUGUUGUUAGCAAUGAUGAUGGUACUGUGACGUACGAGUCAAGAUGUGAAACAGACGUACCAUUAGAAGUCCUCAAUCUCACAGAAAAGAAGAGGUUUAUGGAUGGGGAAAAACACAUAGCAAUAAUUUCAGAAGCUGCCAGCUCAGGUAUCUCAUUACAAGCCGACAGAAGAGUUCGGAACCAGAGAAGACGUGUUCACAUUACGUUAGAAUUGCCAUGGAGUGCGGACAGAGCAAUACAGCAGUUUGGUCGUACUCACAGAUCCAAUCAAGUAACUGCACCGGAAUAUCUCUUCUUGAUCUCUGAACUAGCUGGAGAACGACGAUUUGCAUCAAUCGUGGCAAAGAGACUAGAAAGUCUUGGAGCUCUGACACAUGGUGACAGAAGAGCUACAGAAUCAAGAGAUCUUAGUCAAUUUAAUAUUGACAACAAAUAUGGCCGUGCAUCAUUGGAGUCAGUCAUGAAAGCUGUGAUGGGACAAGAAUCACCGCUUGUACCACCACCAGCUAGCUACAAAGGUGAUUUCUUUGAAGAUGUACGGAGAGGUCUGAUUGGUGUUGGUAUGAUUACCAUUGAUGAGAGGUAUAAUGUGCCCAUGUUAGAUAGAGAAUAUAACAGCAUGUCGAAGUUCCUAAAUCGGAUACUUGGUAUGGAGGUUGAACUUCAAAAUAAGUUAUUUGCUUUUUUCAGUGAUACUUUAAAUGCUUUGAUUCAACAAGCUAAGAGAAAUGGAAGAUGGGACAUGGGAAUUCUAGCCGGUACUCCGGGCGGUCCCUCAGAGUCUUCCAUCCGUAAUGACUCGGUGAGUGCCGAGAGAGGUUUAUCAUGGGAGGGUGCUAUUAAUAUAUGGAAAGAUCAAACUGGAAGUGAAGAUGGCUUCUAUGUAUCACAGCAGGUGAGAAACAACAAACGAACAGCAAUACUAGCAAUGCAAACAUCAACCAAUCUAAGGAGGAGAUUAUACCGUGUAUACCGUCCAAAUACUGGUAGGCAGUUAAAAUUAGAAACCCUUGAUGAAAUCAGGAAAAAAUACAAGAAAAUUUCUGUGGACGAUGCAAAAGGUGUUUGGGUGACACAGUAUUCAGCCGCCGAGACACAAUGUUGUCAUGCAUUUUGGCGUGGCAAUUGCAAGAAGAAGAUGCUUGGUUUAAGCUGUGAAGUUGGACUUCGUAGGAGAACCUUCCACAUCCUGUCUGGAUCAGUACUCAGUGUCUGGAGCAAAGUUGAAAAUGUUCUCGCUUCUCAAGGUGGUAACAACUCAAAGGUUCAACUUAUUCGUCUUCGAGCCGAAGACGGUACAAAAGUUGUGGGUUGUUUGAUCCCAAGUAAUUGUGUAUUGGCUCUCCAAGCCUCACUAUCUCAGGAAUCCGAAAUAACAUUAGGUGCACAGAAAAAUCCAGUUAGUUUACAGACGUCUUCACGACCACCAACUGUUACAUCAUUACCAGUAUCUACUGUGCGUGUUCCUAUGGUAUCAACAGCAGCCACAGCAACUGUAACUAAGCCUUCAAUCAUCACCAAAAGCAUAGCACCAAGUAGUAUGCCUGUCAUACUCUAG